GGAAAAAAAACAAUUUCACAGCUCUAGUCCUGAUGGUUGAGGUAUGGUGGUCCUUGUUGGGGGCUGCUAUUCCUGCUAUUGUAGCCGGUCAAGCUUACAGAAUUAGGAGAAAUCACGCUGAGGAGCAGAGAAUUAAGAGUGCACGGGGCAGGGAGAAGAGCACUGAUGAUAUAUUCGUGUGCGAGAGAGUCUGCACGUCGAAGAGAAUGUUGAAAAAGGUGGGCGCAUUUUCCAAGGACCCAAUUCCCGAUACUUGUAUUACCGUUUGUGGUGUAUCGGAACUCGAUGCUUGCUCUGACGCCUGUGCUCGGACCGUCUGUGUUAACCAGCAUCAAGUGCCGAAUUGGAAUGAUGUCUGCCUCAGGAGAUGUCAAAGUGAAUGCCUCAAACUUUCCUCUUCUCUCCUAUCAUAGUUUUACUUGUUUUUCUUCCUUGUGGAUUUCUUUGCCAAACUUGUUAAAAGCCACCAUUCUCAAGCUUUAAUGUUUAAAUGGUAUGCUUAAACUUAAACUUUUAGAUCAAUGGUUUGUCAGCUUGUACCAA